CCAUGGGCCAAUGUAAAUAAGUUUGGCGCAGUGGUGUCAUGAUGAGUGCUGCUGAAAGCCUGGCGGCACUCUGAUUCGCAGAUUUGCCUGCGGAUUGCUUUCCUGAUGAGAUUUCAGCAGGAGAUGUGCAUGGGUGCCAGGGUUGUGGUUCCAAUUAGCUGAGACAACGCAUGGGGGAUUGGGGCGCCAUCGGUUGGCAAUGGUGGCGCCAAUUCAUCUGAGCUUGUAAAAGGUGGUACUAGUAGGGAGAAGGACAGUUCGUCAGUUCGUUUUGCAAUUGUCAGAAGUCUGGAAGGAGGCAACUUGAAGGAUCGUCUUUGGCUCUGUUUGCAAGAUAGAGUGUUUGCAGCUGUGAUGACAACAGUGUGGGAUGUUCUGUGUUGAAAGGAAGGUGCACUGGAAACCUUCUUUGAGGCAGGUCAUCUUCCACCAUUGAUUGGCGACCGAAGUAUCUAAGGCUCAACGGAUAGAAGGGGUGUUCUUCAAAAGGACCCCGGAGGUGUUACUGCAUGCUCCAUUUUUCUCGCUGUAUAAUCCCGCCAAGUCAUACAAGAUGCCGCACCUUUUUGACAACCGAUGGAAGCACAAGGGGAAGAUGUCCUUCUCAGAGAGGCAGCAUUUGCGCAGGAAAGAUGAGCUGCCAAAAGAGGAGACGGACAAGGAGCCUUGGUUGUGGGGCUUUGGGUGGCACAGAAGCAAGCCAGAGAAGGUGACCUUCUCAGAACGCCAACGCCUGCGCGAGGCCGACGAGCUGUCGGACGACGACCUUGCCAACCCCCUGUUCCAGAACAACCUGAAACCCAAAGCGACCUUCUCCACGCGCCAGCACAUCAAGCUGCGGCAUCAUAAGGAUGAGGCGAACGUGCUCGCUAGUUUCGAGUCUGACUUUGGCGUAUUCGGAGGGCAUGACUACGAGGACGAGGAAGAGGAGCCCGAAAUCGUGGAGCAUGUCGAAACGCCGACCACUGCGCCUGUCGAGGGUGCGGCGCCCACCGAAGCGGCCCCUGAGGCGCAGAAGCCGGCCGUGGUACGCAAGGUGGUCGUCCGGAAGGGCACGCAGGGGGUUGUCAAGAAGCUCGUGACGGGGGCCAUAGCGGGGGCCUUCUCCCGCAGUGCGGUUGCCCCCCUGGAAACCAUCCGGACGCACCUGAUGGUGGGGCGGGGGGGGUCGGUGCCGGAGGUGUUUGCGCGCAUCAUGAAGGAGGAGGGGUGGAAGGGGCUGUUCCGCGGGAACGGGAUCAACGUGUUGCGUGUCGCGCCUAGCAAGGCGAUCGAGUUGUUCACCGUCGACGUGACGAAGAAGGCGCUGUCCCCCCUGGCCAACGGCCCCAACGCCCCGCUGCCCGGCCUGCCCAUUUCGCUGCUGGCCGGAUCGACAGCUGGCGUCGUGUCCACCAUUCUUACGUACCCCCUGGAGCUCGUCAAGACGCGGCUCACGGUUGAGCGCGGCGUCUAUCGGGGCGUGCUCCACUGCUUCGCCCAGAUUAUCAAGGAGGAGGGCGCAGCCGAGCUGUACCGUGGGUUGGCACCCAGUCUAGUUGGGAUCAUCCCCUAUGCCGGAAGCAACUACUUCGCCUAUGACACGCUCCGCCGCACGUGGCGCAAGAUCGCCAAGAAGACCGACAAGCAGAUUACGAACAUCGAGACGCUGUUCAUUGGGUCCGCCGCGGGGGCGUUCGCCGCAACCGCGACGUUCCCGCUCGAGGUAGCGCGCAAGCAGAUGCAGGUUGGGAAGCUGGGGGGCCGGGUUGUGUAUGCGAACAGUCUGGAGGCGUUCAAGGGGAUCGUGAAGGAGAAGGGGCUAGGCGGGUUGUACGUCGGGCUCGGGCCGAGUUUGAUCAAGCUGAUUCCGGCUGCGGGGAUUCUGUUCAUGACAAAUGAGGCAAUCAAGAAGGUGUGGGUCGACGAGCCAAAGAAAACGGAGGAGGUAGUGGAGGGCAAGGAAGAGACGAAGGGUAGUAGUCCCGCCGGUGCUGCCACUGGCGGUGUUGAUACGGAGAAGGCCACGAGAGGGUCGAAUGAAAAGAAGGCCAUUCUUGCAACAAGAGCUUAAUGGAGGUUGCCAAGUAGGUCUAGGUUGACGUACACAGUAAAGUGAUUUUAUGAAGUAGCUGCAAGAUCGUCGAGCAAGUUAUUGGUGGUUUUAGGUGGUCAUCAGGGAUGCCGAUCUGUAUUAUUGACGAUCUUAGUCUCGCCGUAUGUUGAUUUGAAGCGCAAAGCUUCUGAAAGGGAGCUUGAACGGACUUGAAACGGAAACUUUCAAUGUACCACGCCUUUCAGGCAGUGGGGCGGCAACAAGUAACAUAGUCCGAGAGGUUCUACUUCCCUGCUGGUCAUUGUUCUCUGGAGAAUGAAAGCGAUCAUCGCAUCGACU